AUGGAUGAGGAAUGUGAUAUUGUUAUUGGUUAUAAACUAAAAUUCUGGCCGAAAAUAACUAAUAAACGUCUUGAAACAUUACAACAUACCAAACCUCCCAUAUAUAAACAAAUAAGAGACUCGUCUGUUUAUGCAAUACCAAAAUGGUGUAAGCAUACGUCAGAAGAAGCAGCACGUUAUGAAUUUCAUUUAUCAUUUUCGGCUGUUGAGUUAACAUUAGUCAAGCUGCGUACAACUAUUGAAAAAAUGCUUAAUAGAAUAGCAAGAUACAUUUAUUAUAAACAUAUUCGACGUGACAGUGACCAUAUUAAAUCAUAUGUUAUUAAAAUAAUCGUAUUAUGGAUGUGUGAAGAAUUUGACCUUGAACACGAAUUUCAAAAUGUACAUGAUGAAGAGAUAAUUGCUAUUGAACUAGGAAAACGUUUUAUUAACUUUACAUUGGAUAAACUUAACCAACAUUAUUGUAAGCAUUACUUCAUUGAUGAUGUUAAUAUUAUUUUUGCCUCGGGAUUAGCAGUAUGA